AUGUCCUCCUCGAAUGUAGAACAACACGUAGUCCAUCAUAAUACCCAUACCCAUCCAUUAACGAAGGUUGACACAUAUGGUGAUUUCACUUGCGGUGGCUGUAAAACCUACGGCUCUGGGAAGACCUAUCGCUGCGUCCUGUGCGACUACGAUCUUCAUGACCAUUGUGCUACGUGUCCCUCCACCCUCCUCACCUUUAUGCAUCCACAGCAUGAGCUCAAGCUAGUCGUUAAUGGAGCAGAACAUAUGUGCGACAUCUGCCAUGGAUUGGUCGAAGGAUUAUAUUACAGUUGCGAGGCUUGCUGUAUAAAAUUCCAUCCACUCUGCACACAGCAGCGUCAGUUUUUGAGGUACGUGCCUCACUCGGCUCAUCUCUUAGAGCUGAGUCAGUGUGGAGCGAGCAACACAUGCAUGGUUUGCCGAGGUGCGAUAUUGUCUUGGCGGUAUAAGUGCGAUCUAUGCAUGCUUGAUGUUCACGUGGAAUGCGUUAAUUCCUCUACACCAGCUGUGACAGAAACACAAAUGGAUUUGCACACGCUUCAGUAUCCCCAGCCUUAUAAUGACGAAAGCGAAUAUAAACACAGCUACGAGCAGACAAAAAAAGGUCCAAGUAAAAGAAAAAGAGUGUUUAGAUUUUUGAAAGAUUUUACAGUGGAAGUUGUCUGCACUAUAAUCUCUGAAAUGGAGGCCGAACUUGCCCUUUAG